CACUUGACCACCUUUGUUCUGGACCGAAAAGAGGCAAUGAUUACCGUAGAUGAUGGAAUAAGGAAGCUGAAAUUGCUGGAUGCCAAAGGCAAAGUGUGGACUCAAGAUAUGAUUCUUCAAGUGGAUGACAAAGCUGUCAGUUUGGUGGACUUGGAAUCAAAGAAUGAACUGGAGAAUUUUCCUUUAAGCACAAUUCAGCAUUGCCAAGCUGUGAUGAAUGCGUGCAAUUACAAUUCAAUUCUUGCAUUAGUAUGUAAAGAACCAACUCAAAACAAGCCUGAUUUGCAUCUUUUCCAAUGUGAUGAGAUUAAGGCCAGCUUUAUUCAUGAAGAUAUUGAAAGUGCAAUCAGUGACAGCAAGAGUGGGAAACAAAAGAAGAGGCUUGAAACAUUGAGGAUGAUAUCCAAAGCUGACAGCGCCAUCCCUCCGCCGCCACGGGCGCCCGCCCCGGUGCCACCGGGGACCAUCACCCAGGUGGACGUGAGAAGCCGCGUGGCGGCGUGGUCCGCGUGGGCUGCAGAGCAGGGCGAGCUUGAAAAACACAGACAAUACCAUGAUCAUGAAGAAACAGCAGAGAUGAUGGCAGCCAGGAUUGACAGAGAUGUUCAAAUUCUGAACCAUAUUUUGGAUGACAUUGAGUAUUUUGUUACCAAACUUCAAAAAGCCGCUGAAGCUUUUGCUGAACUUUCAAAGAGGAAGAAAACUAAGAAAAGUAAAAAGAAAGGACCUGGAGAGGGAGUUCUUACUCUCCGUGCAAAACCACCACUUCCAGAUGAAUUUGUUGACUGCUUCCAAAAAUUCAAGCAUGGCUUCAAUCUUCUGGCCAAAUUAAAGUUCCAUAUCCAGAAUCCUAGUGCAGCUGAACUGGUUCAUUUUCUCUUUACUCCACUGCAUAUG